CUAUUUCCCCCCAUCAAACCUCGCCUCUCUUCUUCCGUUUCCCCGUCUGUCACUUAUCUUCCACUCUCCCCGUAGGUUUCAUCGCCUGCCGCGUCUCCUACGUUCACCAUCACCAUCGCCAUCGCCGUCGCCGCCAACUCUUCUCAUAUCCCCACUCCUCCCCCACAUUUCCCCCCCUCUCAUUCUCUUUUGCUCUCUCUUUGUAACCAAUACACAUUUUUUCUAAACGCAGACAGAGGCGGUUAUAUGCAUCUUGAUCAGAUUGUUGUAACAAACACUACAAUUGAUGGGGCAUAAGAAGCGCAACCCCACUACUCGGUCCAAACUAGCUCCGCCGUCUACGCCGGCGGCAGUUGCUGCCGCCGAUGAAGCCGAGAAUUCGAAUAAUCUUUCCCUCGUUAAGAUCGAACAGCCUAUUUUUCCUGAACCAGACGUCUCUUCUUACUCGGCAAUCAAAAGUGAAUGUGAGCGGGCUUUGACGGCUCUUCGCCGAGGCAAUCACACCAAAGCCCUCCGCCUCAUGAAGGAGUCGUGUACCCGGCACGGCGAUAACUCGCCGCAUGCUGCCUUAAUCCACCGCGUGCAAGGUACGGUUUGUGUAAAGGUUGCCUCGAUAAUCGAUGACCCCAACGCCAAACAGCGGCAUUUGAAGAACGCGAUCGACUCCGCCCGUAGAGCCGCUGAAUUGUCGCCGAACUCUAUAGAAUUUGCGCAUUUCUACGCUAAUUUGCUCUAUGAGGCUGCAAAUGAUGGGAAAGAGUACGAGGAUGUUAUGAAAGAGUGUGACCGCGCGUUGGAUAUCUUGAACCCAAUUGAUCCCGCCAAGGAAAGCUUGCAAGACGAGAGCCAGCAGAGGAUAACGACUGCGGAAGCGAGGAUUGCUCACGUGCAGAGUGAGCUGAGGAGCUUGAAGCAGAAAUCGAGUAUUGCGUCAAUUUCGACUUGGAUGAAGAAUUUAGGGACUGGUGAAGAAAUUAGAUUGAUACCCAUAAGGAGAGCCACUGAGGAUCCUAUGGAGGUUAAGUUAGUGCAAACUAGGCGGCCCAAUGAGAUUAAGAAGGCGACAAAGACGCCUGAAGAGAGACGGAAAGAGAUUGAAGUUAGGGUCGCUGCUGCUAGGCUAUUGCAGCAGAAAUCAGAGAGCAGCUUGGGACAUAAUGGGGGCGAGCGGAGUGACAAGGGAGUGGAAGCGCCGUCAGGGAGUGAUAGGAGAGGAGAGAGGAGGAAGUAUGGGAUUAAUGCGAGGAAGAACGGUACUAACAAGGAGAGGAAGGAUUGGGUGCAGUCAUAUUGGAACUCAAUGAGCAUGGAAAUGAAGAGUGAUUUGUUAAAAAUUCGGGUCAGUGAUUUGAUGGGUUAUUUUGGAUCGUUCAAGGAUGGUUUGGCUAGUGAGGUCUUAAAUGAGGCAUUGGCAUUUGCUGAGGAGAAUAAGACAUGGGGAUUUUGGAUGUGUUGUAGAUGCUUUGAGAAGUUUGCAGAUUCCGAGAGUCAUAUACAUCAUGUUGUGCAAGAGCACAUGGGAAAUCUUAUGCCUAAAAUGCAGGCAGUUUUACCUCAGAGUGUUGACAAUGAAUGGAUUGAGAUGAUUCUUAAUUGUUCUUGGAAGCCUCUUGAUAUUUCCUCUGCAGCGAAGAUGCUUGGAAGUCGUGGGAAAGACCAGGAUGCAGACGUUGUUGAGGAUUUUUACUCAGGGGCUCGUAAUGAGGAGUGUGAUGAUUGCUUUAAAGAUGCGUGGGAUUCUUCUCCAAAGAAGGAAAAUUUGAGGGACUGCUAUAAUGAUUUUACUAUGGAGAGCAAUGAUCCAGAUAAGGUUUCCAGUAUUGAGUGUAAAGAAUGCGAUGGAAACCAGGGUCCAAUGGCGUACUCUAUUGAUAGUUGGCCUUUGUCAGAGGACUCUGAGAGAGGAAAGCUCCUUGAGAAAAUUCAUGCUUUAUUUGAGGCAUUCAUUAAACAUAAGUAUCUUGCAGCAAGCCAUCUGAAUAAGGUGAUACAACUUACUAUGGACGAGCUACAGACUCUUGCUUCUGGUUCUCAGCUUCUAAACCAUGGCAUAGACCAGACACCCUUGUGCAUUUGCUUUUUGGGAGCAUCACAACUUAGAAAGGUCCUCAAGUUUUUGCAGGAAAUAUCUCAUUCUUGUGGUUUGGGAAGAUAUUCUGAGAAAAGUAGUACUGUUGAUGAUUUAAGUGCUGCUCAAGGUCCUGAGAUAAAAGAGAAAAUUGUUCUUAAUAGUGAUGCCUCAUGUCUUUACCUGGAUGAAUGUCUAUUGCCAUCUGAAUGUGCUCCUGGUACAUGUCUUCAUGAUAAUAUGGUCACAGCAACUUCUACUAACGUUGGCAAUGGAAAUAGCGUUCUACCUGAUGCUGCUGCUUUGCUCUCAUGGAUAUUUGCAGGCCCCUCGAGUGGGGAGCAAUUGCAAUCAUGGGUGCGUACAAAAGAUAAGAAAGUGCACCAAGGAAUGGAAAUUCUGGAAACACUUGAGAAGGAGUUUUACCACCUUCAGAGCCUUUGCGAGAGAAAAUGUGAGCAUUUAAGCUACAUGGAAGCAUUGCAGGCUGUGGAGGAUCUCUGUCUCGAAGAAACUAAGAAGAGGGAGGUAAACAUACAUGAUCAUAGCUGCUAUGAAUAUGCACUUAGAAAGCGGAGGGAUGAUCUUGUUGAGAAUGAACAUGAUGCUCUGUUCAUUAGCGGUAGGAUUGAGCUAGAUGUCAUAGCAAAUAUAUUAAAAGAAGCAGAAGAUCUGAAUGGCAAUCAAUUUGGAUACGAGGACAGUUACAAUGGUAUAAAUUCUCAGUUAUGUGACUUGGAAACUGGUGAAAACAAUGAUUGGAAAACCAAGGACGAUGCACAUCAAAUGGACACUUGCAUACAAGUUGUGAUUCAGAGACAGAAACACCAGUUAUCCAUAGAGCUCAGCAAAAUAGAUGCUCGAAUCAUGCGAAAUGUAACUGGGAUGCAGCAGUUGGAACUCAAACUUGAGCCUGUUUCUGCCCAUGAUUAUCGAUUGAUAUUGUUACCUUUAGUGAAGUCGUACAUGAGGGCACAUUUGGAGGAUUUAGCCGAGAAGGAUGCCACAGAGAAGUCUGAUGCUGCAAGGGAAGCAUUUUUAGCAGAACUGGCACUUGAUUCUAAGAAGAGUGCUCGAGGAGGAAGCGAUAAUUUGAGAAAUAUACAGGACAAAUCAAAGGAUAAGAGAAAAAACAGAGAUUACAGGAAAACCAAAGAUUCAAAGGCUACUUUUGGCAAUGAGCAGCACUUGCUUCAUGAUGAGACUGCAGAGCAAAGUUCCUUUCUAGUUGCAUCUGAUGGUGAUCACCCAGAUUCUGAGACUCUUCUUUCAAUGAAUGGUGAUGACUUAAAACAACAAGAGGAAGAGUUUAGACGUAAAAUUGAACUUGAAGCAGAGGAAAGAAAACUAGAAGAAACUCUCGAAUAUCAAAGACGAAUUGAGAAUGAGGCUAAAAUGAAGCACCUUGCUGAACAACAAUAUAAGAAAUCCAAUAGAACCUUUCCAGAAAAGGUGGCUGGCGGACAGCAUGAUAGUAAUUUGGAAUGUGAUUCUGAUGCUGUACAUGAGCCAUUGGAACAUUUGACAUAUAAGAAUGGGUUUCCCAAUGAUAUAGAAGUAAUGCCCAUGGUAAGUGGUGCUGCAGUGCCGGUCAAACCUUGGAUAUCUAAUGCGCAAAUGACCAGUGGUACUCAUAACACAAAAGCAAAUCAAGGACCAUCUAGCGAAGGAACUUCUGAUGAUAGUAUUUUGCCUUCUGACCGCCGGACAGGAAGGAGAGGUAGGCGGCAGAAGAGUGCCACUAGAUCUUUUGAUGGAAAAUAUCAACCAGUUUCAGCAGAAAAGAACAAUGGUGAAGUUGGAAAUGGGGACAAUGGAACUAAGACACUGAGACAAUUACAGGCAGAGGAAGAUGAUGAAGAAAGGUUCCAAGCUGACCUAAAAAAGGCUGUACGCCAAAGCCUUGACGCAUUUCAAGCGCAUCAGCAAGCACCCUUGAUUUCAAGCUCGAGGAGGCCACAAAAUUUACCUCUGGAAGUUAACAGUGCUGGUGUUUCACCAAAUGAAGUUGCAAUUAAAAGUGUUAAUGAAACUGAUGUAGUUGGCGCAGGCCUGCAGAAUGAUGUUGGUGAAUACAAUUGUUUUCUGAAUGUUAUUAUACAGUCCUUAUGGCAUUUAAGGCGGUUUCGAGAGGAGUUCUUGCAGAGAUCAGCAUCAGAGCAUGUUCAUGUGGGGGAACCAUGUGUUGUCUGUGCAUUAUAUGAUAUUUUCACUGCCCUGACCACUGCUUCUACAGACAUGCUAAGAGAAGCUGUUGCUCCUACAUCUCUGAGAAUAGCUCUGAGCAAUUUGUAUCCAGAUAGUAAUUUUUUCCAGGAGGCUCAGAUGAAUGAUGCUUCUGAAGUAUUGGCAGUAAUAUUUGAUUGUCUUCAUCGGGCAUUUACUUCUGGUUCAACUGGUAGUGGUUCCGAUUCUGACUCAGUGGAAAGCAGUGGCACGGGAUUUUGGGAUUGUACAAACAAUGCUUGUUUAGUGCAUUCUCUUUUUGGAAUGGAUAUUUUUGAACGUAUGAAUUGCUAUAGCUGUGGUUUAGAGUCCAGACAUCUGAAGUACACUUCUUUCUUUCAUAAUAUAAAUGCUAGUGCCCUUCGAACGAUGAAGGUCAUGUGUUCUGAAAACUCUUUUGAUGAGCUAUUAAAUCUAGUGGAGAUGAAUCAUCAACUGGCUUGUGAUCCCGAGGUUGGUGGUUGUGGGAAGUUUAACUAUAUCCAUCACAUUCUGUCGACUGCACCACAUGUUUUUACAACAGUUCUGGGAUGGCAAAAUACAUGUGAAAGUGUUGAGGAUAUAGCAGCAACAUUGGCAGCUCUUAGUACUGAGAUAGAUAUCAGUGCGCUGUACCGCGGUCUGGAUCCAAAAAACAUGCAUAGCUUGGUUUCAGUGGUUUGCUAUUAUGGGCAACAUUAUCAUUGCUUUGCCUAUAGUCAGGACCAUGAACGAUGGAUAAUGUAUGAUGACAAAACUGUCAAGGUAAUUGGUAGCUGGGCAGAUGUUCUUUCCAUGUGUGAAAGAGGGCACUUGCAACCUCAGGUUCUUUUCUUUGAAGCUGUAAACUAGUUGUUAGUGGAAUUUGGUAAAUUAUUCUCUGCACAGGAGAGCACUGAGUUCAGCAUGGCUCGAUAUUUGAUUGCUGUCUUUGGUGAGAUGUUUAUAGUGAUGCAUUGUAGCUCUACCCUGACGCAGUUAAUGUGGUGAAAUAUACAGCUUGGUUUUGAAGGACUUCUAAAGUUUUGAUACAAAAUGAGAAUUGUGAUAUAAAAAUCGAAAGUUUUGUCGUAUAGACGGGAGGUUUUGUUGGAAACCUGAUCUUGUCAGGGAAGAAUAACAAUCGAGGGAAUUUUCUUCUUCAAUCUUUUGGCUUGAAGAAAUCAGUAACAUAAGGAGGCUGGAGUGUAAAUUACUCGUGAAUCAAAAUCUCUUCGGGGUGAUCAAAGAUUUGUCCAUGGAUUUUUCAGUUUCUUUCGUUGAUGUUUCAAAUAAGGUGGGUGGUUGAGAAAAAAAAGCAGCAAUUUCCUGGUUACCAGCCUGUGAAUGCGUUGAGAGAACUUAUGAUGCUUUCUGUAAGGUGGCAAAUAAUGAUCGGUUGUUAGCAGGAGCAUAUACUAAUAGCAAUUGUAAGUGGGGAAUUUAGUUAACAUUAGACACUGAAUUUUCUUUAGAUGACCAAAUUUUCAGAAUUUUGCCCCUCCUAGAAGAGGUUCUGUAUAGAUCACAUCACAAUCACUGCCACUUGGGUUUUCAACUUUUCACAGGCAACUUAUUGUUGUGGCAUACGAUCAUCAUUUAUUGAGGAUGGGUUAUUAAUAGUAAAUUUGUUGCUCAUUUUUCUUGUUUA